GUCAUAUCAAAGUGACUUGCUGGGGCGAUCAGCUGGAUAGGCAGCAAGCUCAAAGUUCAUCAUUACACAGAUUGCCUCCGAAUUGAAUUACACAUGGACUUCUUGCAUUCGAUUUGAACUGUGCUAAGUCUGUGGAACAUCUUGGUGCUGCUUCAGGUCCAAACAAGAUGGAAGGAUCGGAGGUUGAAUCAGUGUUGGAGGAACUGCCCCCAGGGAAUGAGUUUCACAACAGCACAUCUAACAUGGAAAAUGAGGACGAAGUCUGUCAUAACAGUGAAGAUGAACCUAUAAAGUACAGUCAAGUGAAAGAUGAAGCACAGCUUGACAGUGAAUUAAUAAAGACUGCAGCAGAUACUCUAAUAGACUUUAAGACAGAGCCAGAAACUGAAAUUCACAGUGAGACACAGGUACAGGAAAGUCAGCUGUCGACUGAUACCAGUUGUCAUGCUGGUUUAGUUUCUGUUGAAGGUGAUGGACCUCUUUUUAGUCUUUCAAAUGAGGCUGAUGAUGCUAUGGUGGCCCCAGUUACCACUUUGGCCAAUGUUGUAGAAAGCUCCCCUUCUGUUCUUGAGGGGACAAUAGAAACCUUGUUGACUUUUGAUGAAGUGAAUGAUUGUCCUGCCAUCAGUCUUGACAGCAGUGAGAAGCCAUCAGUCUUAGUUACCAAUUGUCCUGUAGCGCAUUUGUCUGCUGAUGACAGUGGGUCAGCUGAGAGUCCAUCAUCCACCUCUGAACAAAGCUCUUCCAAAAACUCACCUAUCGACUUGACAACCACCUCCGGGAUCUCUAAUGGCCCAUCUAGCCCCAACUCUGACACUGUCAGCUCUUCACUUGCUUCCAGCCCCCAGACCAGUGCCAACAUAUCAGCCCCUUUACAUACCUCGUCGAGCCCAUAUGACACAGACUGCAGCCGAAAGCUCAUUUCCCAAAUCCAGCGCUCACUGUCGCAAGAGUCGCUGCUGGAUGAGCUAGAGUCUGAGCUGAUGUCCUGUCAGUUGUCUGAGAAUGAAAUUGGAAGUGAGAGGAAGGAAAGCCCACCUGUCAACGGACUCCCUACAGACCAGGAGGGCUGCAUGGUGGUCUUCGAAAAGUGUGUCCAGUACAAGUAUGCCCAGCAGGAGAAGGCUAUUCAGAGGUUGCUUGAGGAAAAUAAGCGACACCAGGAGCUGAUCUUGGGAAUCUGUUCAGAGAAAGACACCAUGAGGGACGAGUUGAAGAAAAGGGCAGAGACGGAAAAACAGCACAUCACCAGCAUUAAAAAGUUGGAGGGCAGGGUGGAGGAGCUACUGAAAGAGCUCAAAGAGUCUCGGGAUAAACUGAUCCACCAGGACCAGGCAGCUAAAGCUGCCCUCCAGCAGAUGCAAAGGGAGAUGGCCUAUCGUGUGGAACAGCUGAACAAGAAGUGUGAUGAAGCCCGCCAAGAGAAGGAAGCCAUGGUGAUGAAGUAUGUACGAGGGGAGAAGGAGGCCCUUGACCUGAGACGGGAUAAGGAGAGCCUGGAGAAGCGUCUGAGGGAGGCCACCAAAGAGGUGGACCGCCAGGCUCUCCGAGGAAACCAACUGGCCCAGGAGAAAGGCAGGCUGCAGCAACUGUACGAUGCCAAGGAAGGGGAGGUUAACAGGUUUUCUCGAGAGGUGGAAAAGUUGAAGGAGGAGAUCAAUUCGCAUCUCAUCAAGGUUAAAUGGGCCCAGAACAAGCUCAAGAGUGAAGCAGAUGCACACAAGGAAACUAAAGACAAACUGAGAGAGACCACGUCCAAACUGACCCAGGCCAAAGAAGAGACUGAACAGAUCCGCAAGAACUGCCAGGACAUGAUCCGAACAUACCAGGAAUCAGAGGAGCUCAAGUCCAAUGAGUUGGAUGCUAAACUGCGGGAAACCAAAGGGGAGCUGGAAAAACACAAGCAAGAACAAACAGACCAAUUAGAGGUUCACAGAGUAAAGGCAAAAGAACUGGAAGACCUGAAGAGGAGUUACAAGGAGGGCAUGGAUGAGCUCAACACUCUGCGCACAAAGUUAAAGUGUCUAGAGGACGAGCGUCCACGCUGGGAGGAUGAACUGACCAAGUACAGGGAGAUCAUAAACAGGCAGAAGACGGAGAUUGGCCGCCAGAGAGAGAAGCUGGAGGAGAUCAAUGUACUUGAGGAGCAACAACAGCGUGAUAAGCAGGAGAUUGCAUUUCUGAGUGAGGAGGUAGAUGGCUUGAACAACCAAAUGGCCGAUCUCCAGCGUGAUGUACAAGGAAGCAGGGAACGGGAAGCUGAGUUACUGGGCUUCACUGAGAAGCUGAGCAGUAAGAACGCUCAGCUCCAGUCAGAGAGCAAUGCACUGCAGGUUCAGCUGGAUCAGCUCACCGGCAGCUUCAGUGAGCUCCAAGCACAGCUGGAGGAGACUAGUCGGCAACUGGACGACAAGUCACGGCAGUUAAAACGGGAAGAGGAGCUGAGGCAGCAGGAGGUGCAGGGCCUGCAGGAGGAGCGGGCAGCGCUGCAGACAGAGGUCGCCCAACUAAAAACCAGAGUAGAAGAGCUGCGAGAUGAGUUGGUAACACAGAAAAGGAAGCAGGCCGUCAACAUCAAGGACUUGACAAAACAACUAACGCAAGCUCGAAAGAGACUGGAGCAGGUUGAGAAUGGAGGCUGUGACCGAGAUGCAGGCAGUAUGGGCAGUCGCUCCAGUUCCUCAGGCUCCUUGAAUGCACGCCAUGGUGGGAGUGGUGGUGUUGAAGAGCGUUCACCAGAGAGCCAGUCCGGUCCUUCAGUGGUCGUCGUGGACAGCUUCCCAGAAGUUGACAAGGCAGUGCUAGUCGAGCGCAUUGUCCGUCUGCAAAAAGCCUUGGCACGCAAGCAGGAAAAAAUUGAGUUCAUGGAAGACCAUAUCAAGCAGCUAGUGGAGGAGAUCCGCAAAAAGACCAAAAUCAUCCAGAGCUAUGUGUUAAGAGAGGAGUCAGGGGCCCUUUCGUCAGAGGCGUCUGACAUUAACAAGGCCCACCUGAGCCGGCGGGGGGGCAUCAUGGCUUCGCUGUACACUUCCCAUCCGGCGGACAGCGGACUGACCCUGGACCUGUCAUUGGAGAUCAACAGAAAGCUGCAGGCCGUGUUGGAAGACACACUGCUGAAGAAUAUUACUCUGAAGGAGAAUCUGCAGACCCUGGGAGCAGAGAUCGAGAGGCUCAUAAAACAGCAGAGAGUUCCAGACGACGGAGCAAGAAGGAAGUGACACGGCUACUUCACAGAAGGACCAGGAACUAUUUGAGAUCUUCACCCCAGCUUUGUUUUUUCGUAUCACACACUCCGACUAUCUGAAGGAAAUAUUCGACUGUUGUCAGUGCCAGUAGCGUCUCAGACUUGUUGAAUUGUGAGUCCAUUUGGAGAUUGCAUCUGAACUUACUUGAACCGUCACUAUUCCAUCCACACUGUAACACCUCCGCCUGUGACACAACUGGCCCCAUUCUUCCUCUGGUUUAAUGUCCGUCUCCUCUGAGCCUCGCAAGUUAUGUGAAGCUUGAAAAUCUGACUGCCUUUUAUAAAAAAAAAACAAAAAAAAACAAAUAGACUCAAGAUGCCAUAAUUAUGAAUGUAUAGCAAAUCAUAGCAAUGAGACUGA